UAGAGUCGAAUAUCUUCAAAGUAUAUUGUUUAUACUCGAUCUGAAGCCAUACGUCGAAAAAAAAACGCGUUUUGGUAAAUUAGCUUUACUUGACAAACCACUCUGAAUCUUGAGAUUUGAACUCUUGUUCGACAAUUCGCUCUGUUUCUAUUGGACAGUGGGCAAAAGUGCGACCACUUUGAGCCAAAUUAUCUACAGGUCACGCCGACGAGUGUGCAUGAUUUUAUAUUUGCUAGUUUGUUUGAGAAAAACAUAAAUACCUGAAUUUAUUUUAUAUUUCGGUACCAAAAGCUGAUGUUUGUAAGUUUUCGAUAAGGUCCAUUGCAAAUUUUGCUCCCUUGAGUUUGAAGCCUUAUUCUUAUUAAGUCUCUGAAAUCUGAAGCUUGCACAUUGAAAUCGACUCAUUCGUGACUUCAGAUUGCAAAAUGAGUGACAAAGUGCCUCCACCAAUUAAAAACAUUCAGGUCAAAUUCAAACAACUGUUCAUCAACAAUGAAUUCGUAGACGCACAGAGCGGCAAGAAGUUUGAAGUCAUCAACCCAGCAAAUGGAGAAGUCGUUUGCCAGGUCGCUGAAGGCGAAGAAGCCGACGUGAACAUAGCCGUGAAUGCGGCAGUAGCGGCCUUCGACCGCAAGUCUCCCUGGAGGAAAAUGGACGCCUCAGAUCGAGGACAGCUGUUGUACAAAUUGGCAGACCUCAUCGAGAAGCACCGUGUCGAACUUGCUACCCUGGAAUCCCUGGAUAAUGGAAAGCCAUACCAUAUUGCAUACAUGGCUGAUUUGCACCUUUGCAUCAAGUGUCUCAGGUACUAUGCUGGAUGGGCUGAUAAAAUCCAGGGGAAAGUUGUCCCAGUCGACGGAAACUUCCUGACUUAUGUCAGACACGAGCCAGUAGGAGUGUGUGCCCAAAUUAUACCCUGGAACUUCCCGCUCCUGAUGGCCUGUUGGAAACUUGGCCCAGCGUUGGCUACUGGUUGCACCGUUGUCAUGAAACUUGCUGAACAAACUCCCUUCACUGCUCUUUUUGUUGCCAAUCUGAUAAAGGAAGCAGGCUUUCCAAAAGGUGUUGUGAACAUGUUGACUGGAUUCGGACCCGAAUGCGGCGCUCCUCUCGCCAAGCACCCUAAGUGCGACAAGGUCGCAUUCACUGGAUCGACAGAAGUAGGAAAACUGAUUCAAGGCUACGCCGCCGAAAACAUGAAGCGGGUGACGCUCGAGUGCGGCGGAAAGUCGCCGGUGAUUGUUCUCAAAGACUGUGACAUUGACCAAGCCGUUGACAUUUGCCACGUUGGGUUGUUUUUCAAUCACGGUCAGUGUUGCACCGCUGGAUCCAGAAUCUUUGUCGAGGCUCCAAUUUACGAACAAUUCGUGAAAAAGGCAAAGGCGAAAGCUAUGGGCAUCAAACUCGGAAACCCGAUGGAGAAAGGAACGGACCAGGGUCCACAAGUUGACAACGAGCAAUUCGAAAAAAUUCUCGAUCUCAUCGAGUCUGGGAAAAAAGAGGGCGCGAAGCUGGAAACGGGCGGAAAACGAUUCGGUGACAAGGGAUACUUCAUUGAGCCGACUGUGUUUUCAAACGUGAAAGACGACAUGCGAAUUUCGAAAGAGGAAAUUUUUGGACCAGUCAUGUCGAUUUUCAAAUUCGAAGACCUUGACGAGGUUAUUGACCGAGCGAAUGAGACCAUGUAUGGUCUGGCAGCUGGCGUCAUGACUAAUGACCAUAAGAGGGCCAUUCAGAUUUCAAAUGAUCUUCGCGCAGGAACAGUGUGGGUGAACUGCUACAAUGUGUUUGACAUCCGUGCACCCUUCGGCGGUUUCAAGAUGUCGGGAGUCGGACGGGAAUUGGGCGAGUAUGCACUACAAAACUACACUGAAGUAAAAACUGUGUACAACGCUCUGUGAUUGAAUUCACGAUGAAAAGGCGAUACAUCAUUAAAUAUUGUCUAAUGCCAUAAAUCUACAUACUACUACUAAUACUGAAAAUAAUGUAAAGAUUUAAGUAAUAAUUUGCUUAAAAUAGUAACAGAUUUAUUUUAAGUGAGGUAAAUAGUUUCACAGAAACUUCAUACAAUUGAUAACUAAUCCUUA